AGGUGCGACUGGAGCUUCUUCUUCAAACGCCACUCAACAUGCUACCCAACCCAAUGCUGAAUGGAGUUUGGAGAGUUUUCUCCAGCACCAUCCGUCCAAGUUCAGUGGCAAGUGUCUUCCGGAUGAAGCGGACCAGUGGCUGAGAGAUAUGGAGAGAAUUUUCAACGCCAAGAGAUGUCCAGAUGAAAACCGCUUGGCGUAUACGGAGUACUUGCUGACUGGAGAAGCCAGCCACUGGUGGGCGAGCGCCAGAGCCAUUCUGAUGGACGCUCAACAGCAGAUUACUUGGGAAGUGUUCAGAAAUAAAUUCUAUGAAGAGUACUUCCCUGACAGUGUCCGUUUUGCAAAGGAAGUUGAGUUUUUACAGCUGGUUCAAGGGGGGAUGUCAGUUUCAGAAUAUACGAACAAGUUCAAACACUUGAUUCGCUUCAAUACAAUGGCCACCAGUGAGGAGUGGCAGUGCAGAAAAUUUGAAAACGGUCUACGCAGUGAUCUGAAGGUUGUGGUUUCCAGUUUGUGUAUCCGAACGUUCCCUGCUAUGGUGGAGAGGGCCAAGGUGUUGGAGAAGAACUUGGCAGAGGCGGAACGGCAUAAGAAACAGCAAACAGUAAGGGGGCCGAUUGUCUCGAAGGGGAAUGUAAAUCAGAGAGGAUCCCCUUACGCUCGUCCAGCAGUCAACGCGAGUGGAUCCCAAGCCUUGGCUACUGUCGGCCAGUCUGGACAGCCAAGGAGUGUGGCAUGUUUCCAGUGUGGAGGACCACACCUUAGGUGGGCUUGUCCUCAACUGAAUGGGGGAAAAUACUGUACUAAGUGCAGAAGGAAUGGGCACUUGGAGAACGAGUGCUAUGUGGGAGGACGUGCGGCAAUGAGGCCGCCGAACGCUGGAAGAGCCCAACAAGGAAGAGGUGGACGUGCACAAGCUACAGGAAGAGUUUAUGCAAUUACGGGUGCUGAAGCUGCUCGUUCAGGUACGCUCAUCACCAGCACUUGCUUCUUGUUUGGAAAGCCGUGUGGAGUGUUGUAUGAUUCGGGGGCAACUCAUUCCUUCAUCUCGAAGGCAUGCGUUGAGAAACUGGGGCUAGUGGAGAGUGAAUUACAGUUCGACUUGGUGGUGUCAACCCCAGCGGCUGGUGGGAUUAAGACGUCUACAGUUUGUGUGAGAUGUCCAAUAGAAGUUGAGGGGCGUAGAUAUAAGGUAAAACUCAUUUGCUUACCCCUUCAAGACUUAGAAGUAAUUUUGGGGAUGGAUUGGUUGGCUACCAAUCGGAUCCUCAUUGAUUGUGGAAAGAAGGAGUUGGUCUUCCCAGGAGAGGAAGAGGAGGAGUUAUCUGUCGAUCGCGGACAGUUGAAGGAAGAUAUCAUGGAAGGAGCAAGCUGUUUCCUUAUCAUGACGUAUGAAGAUGAAGAAGUAAGGGACGCUAGAGUGGAGCGUUCGUCCAACAAGGAGCACAGUAGAGGACGAACGGUAGUAGAUGAAUUCCCGGACGUCUUUCCGGACGAAGUCCCUGGUCUACCUCCCAUUCGCGAGGUUGAGUUCACGAUCGACUUGGUGACCACUGCUGCACCCAUCUCGGUCCAACCUUAUAGAAUGACGCCAGCCGAGUUGAUAGAGCUGAAGAAGCAGAUUGAGGAGUUAUUAGACAAGAGGUUCAUCAGGCCAAGUGCUUCACCAUGGGGAGCACCGGUGUUGUUGGUUAAGAAGAAGGAUGGCAGCUCUCGGCUCUGCAUAGAUUAUAGACAACUUAAUAAACUGACCAUCAAGAACAAGUAUCCACUUCCGAGGAUAGACGACCUACUGGACCAGUUGCAAGGUGCGUGCGUAUUUUCAAAGAUUGAUCUGCGUUCGGGCUAUCAUCAAAUUAGAGUGAAGGAGGGAGAUAUUCAUAAGACUGCUUUUCGGUCUCGUUAUGGUCAUUAUGAAUACGUGGUGAUGCCCUUUGGAGUGACGAACGCACCUGCCAUCUUCAUGGACUACAUGAACAGGAUUUUUAGGCCGUACCUUGAUAAAUUUGUAGUAGUGUUCAUUGAUGACAUCCUCAUUUACUCCAAGAGCUUUGACGAGCAUGAAGACCACUUGAGGAUCGUCUUAAGCGUGUUGAGGGAAAAAGAGUUGUAUGCCAAGCGUUCGAAGUGUGAAUUCUGGAUGAAGGAAAUCCAAUUUUUGGGGCACGUUGUUUCUGCUGGUGGCAUUUCAGUGGAUCCAGCCAAGGUGAAAGCAGUGCUGGAUUGGGAGAGUCCACGUUCGGUCACAGAGGUUAGGAGCUUCGUAGGACUUGCGGGCUACUAUAGGCGGUUCAUUGAGGGAUUCUCUAAGAUAGUAGCCCCUCUGACGUAUCUCACCAGGAAGGAUCAGCCGUUUGCAUGGACCGAUCGUUGUGAGGAGAGCUUCCAGGAAUUGAAGAAGAAACUAACGAGCGCCCCAGUGUUG